AAACCGUGAGAUAAAACAUAAUUGAUGAAAGAAACGAUUAUUUUUUGUGAAUUCGUUACGAAGAUGAUUGUCAGGUUGAGUUAUUUUCUGGUUUUAUUUCUUUUGUAUUUUAGUGAAGGUCAGCGAAGAAUUAGAUUCGGACAAAAAGUAACGACUCCGAAAAGGUACAUGGUAUAUCUUACACAAGCGAAGCGUCACUAUGAUUCUUGGAUUUGUGGAGGUGCUAUUAUCUCCCGAUUUCAUAUACUAACCUCAGCAGCUUGUGUUGAAGACGUCACUGAUCUAUACGCUAUCUCUGGGACGAUGUCCUACAUUUCACCAAACAAGAUCCAUCACAAUGUUUGCUCGAAAAACACCAAACGAAAAAUUGUUUAUACUUGCAUACCCAAAGAAUAUAAAUUGGAUUACGAGAAAGUUGAUGUAUGGUCUUAUAAUGAUAUAGCUGUCGUAAGAGUGGACAUUCAAUACGAUUUUAGCGAUCCGUUGUAUGACAAACAUUGCCAAUUUAGACCUAACUCGAUUCCAAUAAACUUUAAUAUAGCUAACGAAAAUAAAGGCAGGGCUGUCGUGACGUUCGGAUUUGGACACCAGAGCCUUUGGAGGCUGAAACAUACAACAGAUGAUUAUAACUACGCGGAUCUUAUGUAUACGUCGGCACAGAUUUCCGAUCAAGGUAAAUGCAAGGCCGCUUAUCUAAAACCUAAUUUAACCGAAAACAUUGAGAAGUACAUGAUAUGCACGAAUGCCUCUGGGAACAUCGACAGUAACGGAAAGUUGGUUCAGAGACGAACAGAUUCCGUUAACGAAGACGACUCUUUGACUAGAAGGCAAGGCGGAAUUUGUCAGAACGACCACGGAGGUCCUCUUGUGACUUGGAUCAAUGAAGAGGAGACAGUUCUGGGAGUGGGCUCUGUGUUCAGAGUCAAUAAGGAGAGCAAAUGCGAAGGACCUUACCUUUACACGAGCACAGCCCGAAACAAAGUGUUUAUAGAAUGUCUUCUAGAGGAAACGCAUGACAGACGGAGCUUUGAUAUUUGUAAUCAAGAAGCUAGCGAACUCGGUUUUAAAAUUGUUAGGAGAUAUGUUGUAUGGAACGAAGAUGAUGCCGCAAUUGUGGACGACUCCGAAGUCAAAAUAAGGAAACAGAUUAAUAUGAAUUUUGUAGGGAUGGGAUGAUUAACAAUAUGCACCAAAAUAGUAACUAAUACAAAAACGAUUUAACAAAAUGUAUCUCAUAAUGUUCAAAAGAAAAUCUAAUUGAAAUA